GACUCUCCAGUAUAAUCAUGGACCCAAAACUAGCAGGUUUCUCUCCCUUUAAGCCUUGCCCAUCUGUCACCUAAUCCUUGAAAGCCUUCUUUUUUCGCUUCACAAUGAAUAACCUGUACGUUAUAGCUUGAUUAAUUUAGACGCUAAUUGAGGUAUGCAUUUCUUUUAUUUAUUUAACUGACCCACCAGAAACCCAGGUACCAAUCUGAUCUAUAUAGAGAAAUCGUUUCCUGCUAUAAAAUAUUGCUAGGGCGUCCACAGCGAGACCAGAACGAGACCUGUCCUUCCUCUGCAUCAUAAUUGUCUCCUUGAUAGCUGUACUUCUAUUUUCCAUAGCAGGAAAUGGCAGCUGUUGUCACAUAUCUGGUCAUCUUUACUGUCAUCUCCAGCGCCCUUGCUUACGAUCCUGACAUGCUUCAAGACCUCUGCGUGGCUAAUACUUCUGCAGGAAUUAAAGUGAAUGGGUUUACAUGCAAGGCAGAGACAAAUAUCACUGAAGCUGAUUUUUUCUUUGACGGUCUAGCCAAACCAGGAAAAGUGAACAAUUCAGUAGGAUCACUUGUAACAGGAGGCAAUGUUGAGAAAAUCCCAGGCCUAAACACCCUAGGCGUGUCACUGUCUCGUAUUGACUAUGCACCUGACGGCCUUAACCCGCCUCACACUCACCCCCGAGCCACUGAAAUGAUCUUUGUGUUGGAAGGUGAACUGGAUGUUGGAUUUAUCACCACUGCAAACAAACUGAUCUCAAAGACUGUCAAGAAAGGCGAAGUCUUCGUGUUCCCUAGAGGUUUAGUUCAUUUCCAGAAGAACAACGGUGACAAGGCAGCCUCUGUAAUUUCAGCAUUCAAUAGUCAGUUGCCUGGUACCCAGUCCAUUGCCAUGACCUUGUUUACUUCAACCCCAGCAGUUCCUGACAAUGUCUUGACUAAAGCUUUCCAAGUUGGUACCAAGGAGAUUGAGAAGAUCAAAACCAAGCUUGCCCCCAAGAAGUCCUAAUUUUGUUCCUAAAAAAUUCCCAAUUCGGUACUGUAUAUGCUUGAUAAAGUCUCUUUGUUGAUAUUUGUAAUUAUAUAUUUUCCUUUUCUUUUCUUUUCUUCCCUGAAUUGAAGAAUGCUAUUGGAUAUAAGUUGAUGUUCGCUAUAUCUUAAAUUAACAGCAAGAGAAAUAAUAAUACUGUCCCGGAAUUAUGAGUCAAGUUAUACUAUAA